AUGUUGGAGAUGAACUGGAUCAUGUUGUUUGCUCUACCUAGUGAUGUGGUUUAUGCUCUAUGUGGUUUUGGUUUAAAUCAUGUGGUUCUUGCGAUCAAACAAUAUGUUCCGGUAACAAGGAUUUGUGAUUUAUGUGGUUCCUCCCUACGCUUCGCGCUCGCGACGCCGCGCUCUUCUCAUCUUUUCGUCGUCUUCCUCACUCCCCCCAUUUCUCUAGGAGGCCCCUCUAAACAACUAAACCCCCAUUUUCAUGGAUCACCCACCCUUCCCAUCCUGUGUCCCGACUAUCCGGCCCGGCCGACCCGGGAACACCCUGCGCCCCGGACACGCGGGCAAGGCGCCAGCGCGCCGGCAGCCCGCGCCGGCCCCGCGCGCGGCUCCCCCGGGCGCGCCGGGCGCCCCGGCCGAACCGCGGCCCCGCGGCACGGGGCGCGACCAGCGCGUGGAAAAGGGCGACCAAAGCGGCGGGACGGGCCAACGAGCCCAGCGGCGACGUGCCCAGCGGGACCAAGGGUCCAAGCGAAGCGGACGGGGACGGGGGGACCGCGCAAAAGCCAGGGCCGAGCGGCGAGCAGGAACCCGCAGGGCACCAGCGGCGCGCAGGGGCCCACAGGCAGAGCGAACAGCCACACCCCGGGCCCCGGUCCGCCGCCGAAGCGCCGCGCGGGGCCCCGCGCUCCCCGCCUUUCCCCCACGCCCGCCGGGCCCCGGCGCCGGCUAGGCGCCGCGGACGGGCCCCGCGCCGCAGGGCCCCGCGCCGCCGCCGGGCCCCCGCCGUGCCCCGCGCCGCCGCCGAGCGCCCCUCGGGCCCGCGCGCAGCCGAGCGCCCCGCAGGGCCCGCCCGUCCGGCAGAGCGCCCUGCCGGCCCCCGCCGGGGAACGCCCGCCGCCGAGCGCCGCUGCCCGCUCCCCGCCGAGUCUCCCCCUCGCGAGCGCCCCGCCGGGACGCCUGCGCGCCCAGCGUCCCCGCGGGUCCCCGCGCGCCCCGCCGGGUCCCCGACGCCGCGAAGAGCUCCCGCCCGACGGGCCCCGGCGGCGCCCAAGAGGACACCCGCCAGGGCCCCGCACGGAAUCAACGCCGCGCGCCGAGACCCCGGCCGGGCCCCCCAGCGGGGCCCCGAGCCGGCGACCGUGGCAACCAGCCGGGCAUCCGCGCAGCAGCCGAGCACCCGCCGGGGACAAACGAAGUCAGCGACGCAUCCGAGAGCCGAAGGGAAAAGAGCAUACGAAUAGACGAACACCACGACAGUGGACACGCCCCGGGAAGGGCAACUGCGCGCAGCCGAUACCACGCAGGGCCACGCUCAGCUCACUACGUGACACGGGCAGACUAACGAAUUCCCCUCCUGUCACCGACGCGACACGCCUGCAAAGCGCAUCCGAAGAUCGACCCGCCUGUCACAGGAACCGCAGGAAAAAGCGAAGACGACGAGCGACAAGCAGGGACACCUCUCCUAAGCGAGACCCCCCGCAGGGAAACAGAGAAACCGCGAGGCUCCCCCCCUCUAGUCACUCCGUGCAGCCUCUAUAUUACUAG